AUGAUUCAGUAUGAGUAUCAUAUGAGUGUGAUUCAGUAUGAGUAUCAUAUGAAUGUGAUUCGGUAUGAGUAUCAUAUAAGUGUGAUUCAGUAUGAGUAUCAUAUGAAUGUGAUUCGGUAUGAGUAUCAUAUAAGUGUGAUUCAGUAUGAGUAUCAUAUAAGUGUGAUUCAGUAUGAGUAUCAUAUAAGUGUGAUUCAGUAUGAGUAUCAUAUAAGUGUGAUUCAGUAUGAGUAUCAUAUAAGUGUGAUUCAGUAUGAGUAUCAUAUGGGUGUGAUUCAGUAUGAGUAUCAUAUAAGUGUGAUUCAGUAUGAGUAUCAUAUAAGUGUGAUUCAGUAUGAGUAUCAUAUGAGUGUGAUUCAGUAUGAGUAUCAUAUGAAUGUGAUUCGGUAUGAGUAUCAUAUAAGUGUGAUUCAGUAUGAGUAUCAUAUGAAUGUGAUUCGGUAUGAGUAUCAUAUAAGUGUGAUUCAGUAUGAGUAUCAUAUAAGUGUGAUUCAGUAUGAGUAUCAUAUAAGUGUGAUUCAGUAUGAGUAUCAUAUAAGUGUGAUUCAGUAUGAGUAUCAUAUAAGUGUGAUUCAGUAUGAGUAUCAUAUGGGUGUGAUUCAGUAUGAGUAUCAUAUAAGUGUGAUUCAGUAUGAGUAUCAUAUAAGUGUGAUUCAGUAUGAGUAUCAUAUAAGUGUGAUUCAGUAUGAGUAUCAUAUAAGUGUGAUUCAGUAUGAGUAUCAUAUGGGUGUGAUUCAGUAUGAGUAUCAUAUAAGUGUGAUUCAGUAUGAGUAUCAUAUAAGUGUGAUUCAGUAUGAGUAUCAUAUGGGUGUGAUUCAGUAUGAGUAUCAUAUAAGUGUGAUUCAGUAUGAGUAUCAUAUGAAUGUGAUUCGGUAUGAGUAUCAUAUAAGUGUGAUUCAGUAUGAGUAUCAUAUGAAUGUGAUUCAGUAUGAGUAUCAUAUGAAUGUGAUUCAGUAUGAGUAUCGUAUAAAUGUGAUUCAGUAUGAGUAUCGUAUAAAUGUGAUUCAGUAUGAGUAUUGUAUGAAUGUGAUUCAGAAUGAAGACCACAAGAAUGUGAUUCAGUAUGAGUAUCGUAUAAAUGUGAUUCAGUAUGAGUAUUGUAUGAAUUUGAUUCAGUAUGAAUACCUUUUGAAAUCAAUUCAGUAUGACUAUCACACAAUUUUGAUUUAG